UUGGCUUCGGAGAUGUAAGGCGGGGUAGACGCAGUCCCUCACUUUCUGCGUCUUAAGAUGGGAGCAGAGAAAACUGCUGCCCAAAGAUCAUAGAGCGGAGCUGAUCUUUGCUGCUGCUGCUGCCCUCUGGGCGGCGCGGUCGCCCUUCUGCAGAUGAGCUACAGCUGGAGGUAAAGAUCCUAUAGCGAAGAUCCAAAGCUCCGCUAUAGGAUCUUUGGUUGGAGGGACCAUGAGAUAACCGGGACCACGUUAGAACAGUCGAGCGGGUGGAAGGAACGGAGGGAGCGGAACGUUCGGACGGACAAGGGGGGGAGUGGAACGUUGAGGAGCGGAACGUUCGGAGGGACAAAGGGGAAGUGGAACGUUGAGGAGCGGAACGUUCGGAGGGACAAAGGGGAAGUGGAAUGUUGAGGAGCGGAACGUUCGUAGGGACAAAGGGGAAGUGGAACGUUGAGGAGCGGAACGUUCGAACACCCGACCGAGGACAAACACGCUGCUCGCAAUUUUGUGGUUUCUCUUGCGUUCCUUUGGAGUAAUCAUGAUCACUCCUGCCUUUGAAUUAAGUCAAGAUGCUAACUUCCUCACUAUCGUAAUCCACGUACCAUAUGCAAGAGUUAAUGAAGUUGACUUGUACAUCGAUGGAGUGGACUUCAAAUUUUAUGUCAAGCCAUACUUCUUAAGGUUGACACUUCCAGGAAAGAUAGUGGAGGAUGGAAGAGAAGAGGCUUCAUAUGAUGUAGAUGCAGGAAUUUUUACCAUAAAAGUUCCAAAAGAAACUGCUGAAGAAUAUUUUGAUGGAUUGGAUAUGCUGACUGCACUGCUGGCACCGAAGGGUUCAAGAUCUGCAAAGCCACUGGUGGAAGAUCUAGGACAGUCCGCCAAUGCUGAAAUUGAAGAGGAAGAGUUUGACUGGGAAGUUGAGCAAACACCCAAUGGAGAAUCGGAAAAAGUAUUAAACUCAGACUCAUCGUACGGAUUUGGAAAUCUAAGAUCAGGAGUCUUCCAAAGACUGCAGCAUGAGCUCAGUGAUGUGAUUGACCUGAAGGAGCCUGAUAGCACAACACCAGUGGAACGUCGGCUAAAGCGCUUGGCAGCUGAAGAGGCCAAGUUUGAUUCUGACCAUUAUCUUGCUGACCUGUUUGAAGACGAUGCCAUUCGGCAUCUGUUGAAGCAUCAACCUUGGUGGAGAAACACUCCGAAAGCAAAAGAGGAAGGAAAGGAAUCCCAGGUUGAACCUGAUGAUUCAGCAGAAGCAAGAGGGCAAUGUGUCACAUUUUCUGGAGAAGAAAAGGAGCAACUGCGAAAAUUCACCAACAGAAAUUACCUGCUAGAUAAAGGCUCCAGCCAAAUGGUUUAUACCAGCCUGGUUGACAUACUCCUUGCCUAUGCCUACGAAGUCCGCAGCACUGAAGGGGAAACAAAUACUGAAUCCUCGUGGAAUAUCUGGAAACUGAGCGGAACACUUUGUUGGCUUGAAACUUACCAUUCUCUUCAAGGAGUCAUUGUAUCCUUCAGCAGAAGAGUUUUGUGCUAUCCCUUUUACAGACACUUCCAGCUGGCUCUGAAAGCCAUUGAGGAUGUCGUCUUAAUAGUCCAGUUGGGUAAGGCUGCUGUUUUGAAAUGUUUGCUGGCCAUCCACCAAGUCUUCAGGGAGAGUGAUCCCGCGUACCUCCUCAACGACCUCUACAUCACAGACUACUGUAUCUGGAUCCAGAAAGUGAAGUCGAAGAAACUUGCAUCCUUGGCAGAGUCACUACGGAAUGUAAAGGUCACAAAGAAUGAUUUGGGCUUUGAACUGAAAGAACUGGAGAAAGCGGCACUGUUGGUUCAGGAGGAAGAAAGUCAGAUCAAACGAGGGACGGGUGACUCCCAAUCAUUGCAGUCGGAAAGCGAGGGAGAUGAGGAAUCAAGUUGCUCAUCCUCUGAUACAGGAGAAUCUGAUUCAUCUCAAGGUGAUUUGUCUCACCGCUGUAGUUCUGAAGAAACGGGGAGAAAUGGAUUGCCUCGUGGAGGAGAGACUGACUGUGUGACUGAUAGAGAAGUCACGGAGCCUCUGAUCAAAUUGAGCUGUGGCUUAGAUACUGCACACUCGGCAGGCUCACAGUAUCCAGACAAAUGUGCUCUGGGGGAAGCUCCCUCUGCUAAAUCACCCCCAAGAAGAUUGAUAGAGGAACUCGCAGAUCACUUGCAGUCAGUGGGACUCUCGGAGUGCUGUGAAAAAGCUGCCGCUGAGAAUUCGAAUGCUUCGGUGCACCAGCGAUCUAGUCGUCCUCCUCCGAGCUUGGCACCGCACCAGCAUUUACAGACGGCCUCACAGCAGAGUUUCUUAGAGGUGUCUCCUGAGAGGAAUUGCCUGCUGUUCGUUGCAGGUCCUGAUAAUACCGAGGAUUUUACAAAUCUGGCGUGAAUCCAGGUUGCAUGCUGGAAAGAAAAAUAAACUGAUUUAUAUGUCUAAGCGGCUGAUGCCAGUUAACGUACUUGUGAAAUCACUUCUGAAUUGCAUGCUUCGAGGUUGUGUCGUACAUCACCAAAUUUAUCUACAUAAGCACCUAAUUCCAGUGUAUUUUUUUUUUAACGUAGCUGCUGUUCUAAUUGUGCCCUCCAUUGUGCAGCGGUGACAAAUUGUCGUGCUGUAAAAUGUAACUAUUGUUACUCGGCUUGUAUAUCAGAGUACAUUGAUUCGGAGGAGAGCAACAGCACUUAAAUCUAACCCAUACUUUACCUGUAACAUGAAAUGGUGGCAGAAUGUUGAUAAUUUAAUGAGAAGGUAGAGUUGCUACCUUACAGCUCCAGAGACCUCGGUUCGAUCCCGACUACAGGUGCUGUCUGUGCAGAGUUUGGACGUUCUUCCCAUGACCGCGUGGGUUUUCCCCGGGUGCUCCGGUUUCCUCCCACACUCUAAAGACAUACAGGCUUGUAGGUUAAUUGGCUCCGGUAAAAAAAUUAGAUUAUCCCCAGCGUGUAGGAUAGUUCUAGUGUACGGGGAUCGCUGGUCGGCGCCGACUCGAUGGGCCGAAGGGCCUGUUUUCGCGCUGUAUCUCCAAACUAAACUAAAGAAGUGUGACUAUGGCAUUGCAUCUUGCCCAUGGGCUGAGAUUCUUUCCCCCUGAGGGAUGUUUUAUUGUAAAUGUUCCCUUUGCUAAGGAGAUGGUGACAACGUGAGAAACAGGGAACUUGGAGGAAAGAAGAAAAUACUAAUAUGUCACAGCAGGAGAGAAAAAUAGUCUGCGUGAUCACCAAUGUGAAAUUGCAGCGCCGUGAAUCAAUCCUCUUGUACUAAUGGCGUCAAUCACAUGUAGGCGUUGAAAGGGAUGAAGUGCUUAUUAAAGUUGAAGUUGGAGAUGACUUUGACCUAGAAGGCUCAUUAUUGAAGAGGAUGGGAGCAGACGUUGAACUGGAGCCCUUUGAAUUCAACUAAAUUUUAAUAAUUGAGACUGCAUUGUGAAUAAAAAUAUGAGUUUCUAACUGACAGGAACAUGUUUUUUUUGUCAUGGUCUUGCCUUUUGCUGUGCUGCAAGAUUGAAAUUUGAUCUUUUCCCGA